CCUAGAGAAAGAAUGAGAUAUCAAGAACAAUUUGACUCCUUGAAACCAAUCAAUGGAAUUGUUACUGGCGAACAAGCAAAAGGAUUUCUCCUUAGGUCUCAACUUCCACCUCCUAUUCUUGGACAGAUAUGGGCAUUAUCGGAUACAGAUUCAGAUGGAAAAAUGAAUAUAAAUGAGUUCAGUAUUGCGUGCAAAUUGAUCAAUUUGAAAUUACGCGGUUUUGAAAUUCCUAAUGUACUGCCACCCAUUCUCAUACAGAGUUUGAAAUCUUUUCCAACAGGUGAUGCUAACUUGGUUGGACUGACAAAUGGUUCAACUGCUCAAAAUAAUAUCGGUUCUUUAGUAAACUUAAGUGGAUCUCAACCAAUGGCAUCUCAAACUGUAACAAGCACAGUACCCACAGCUGGAAAUACACAUCCUCUUAUAGGUAAUACAUGAUUAAAUGUUUUUAUAUUAUUCAUUCUUCUAUGUCUCUCAGUCAACAUUGUUAGAUGCUUAUGUUUAAUAUCUUAAUGAAAUAGCAGAAAAAGAUCUUAUAAAAACAUCUAUAAAUACCCAAAUAUAUACAUAUACACACUUUCUCAAAUAUAUUAGCUUGGUUUAUUAGGUUUAGAUAAUAUAUCAAACAUGGCUACAAU